CCUCAAACCACCAACUGGCACCCUAGGAGCGGCUCUUGCAGUGCUCAGGUGUCCAACGAGUCUUAAAGUACUCAAAGUUACCCGUGAGUGACUCAGUUCUGUCUGAUUCAUUCGAUUGUGUUCUACGUGUGUUUUGUCUGCAUUACUGCGCACGAUCACAUCACAAUCAUAUUACCGAUUUCUAUCAAAUCGAUUGAAAUCAAGAGUGCGCGUGGCUAAACGAUGUCGUCGGCAUAUAAUUAUCCAUCGACAUCGAGGUCACCCGAUGUGUCUCGUACAUGGCCCCUCCCAGGGCCUUCACGAACAUUUUCGGUGCAGCCUUUGGGGCUAGGGGAGUCACCGCGAUGCAACGCACACUCACCACUCUUACCUCAAUACCAUACACAACGUGAUAUGAACGGGAAACUGACUGCGUCGUCGUCCAGACCUUCCAGGCAGCCGACGUUGCCGCCUGUGCCAGACCCGACCGUUAACACGUCCCCCUUUCCCGCGAUUCUCCACAAACCGACCCAUUAUAUUAGUCAACAUGUUCGCGACCCACAGCUUGUAGAUCGUUCGUUCUUGCACCAACCCGGCCCAUCGCAAUCACCUGGUCACCAUGUCUCGCAUAAUUUCCUUGAAAGUUCCCAACUUUCAAGUUUCUCGUCCACUCGCCAUGUCGCGAUAAACAGUCACUCAAAACGUCCAACGACGUCUACUCCGGUCUUCAAUAACAUUUCCGAUCUUGCUUCCCAUUAUGGGAUACCCCAGUUUUUGCCCAGUGCACCUCGUACAACUCCUAGUAGACCAGAACCAGGAGAACCAUCCUCUUCAACACUGUCUGUUGAACCCUUCGCAUCUACAAACUCACCUGCUUUCGCCGAUUUGUGCUCGAAUUACUUGAAGAUGUUGUCACAAAACCCAGGCAACAACGACGCGACCGGUGUCCACGUAGAGGACACGGCGCUAUCGACGGCUUCGCCGUCUGACGCAGAAGCCAUUCAGACGCUCUUGGACGUUUUCGGUGCCACACCGGAACUCACCAACUCGAAUGACUUAAAUGAGUACCUCACUUCACCCCUCAUCGACUCGCCUUUCGAUGAUGAGCUGCUCACUACGCCUGCAUUCGGCUCUGCGGACAUCAACGCGGACAUCUUCACGAGUCCGCUUUUGGAUGAUUUUGGGGGUGACUCGUUCGGCGAACUCCCGUCCCUCUUUGAUUCUAUUUAUCCCCCAUGCAAACCCACUGAAUCAUACCACCUCCCAACCAACUUUGAUGAACUGUAUCAAAUGUCCCCCGACACUCCAAUGCUCAACACUCCACUCGAAUCGCCCCUCGACUCUCCUGCCAGUCAUCGUCCACCGCAGCGGAAAGUGGCUGUCACUGGCACGCGUAAGAACAUUACGCCGGAGGCCCUUGUCCCUAUCGAUGCUCCCACACAGCAGCGCAAGUACCUUACCCCGUCAGUGACUUCUCGCAAGGAGGUUCCUGCUGUCUUCGCUCGGAAGCGGGCGCGUACAGCUGCUUUCGGUGACGAGCAAGACGAGCUCAUCGAGGAUGUGCGAAUCCUCCCUUCCAUGACUGAGCAGGAGCAGAUUGAGGCAAAGAGGCGCCAAAACACGGUCGCUGCUCGACGAAGUCGCAAGCGCAAGCUGGAGUACCAGCGCGAGUUGGAGGAGAGUGUUGAGCAAUACAAGCGUGAAAGUGAGAUCUGGAAAUCGAAGGCUAUGACUUACCAGGCCCUACUGCGAAGUCAUAACAUCGAAUAUCCCGAGCUUCCAGACCCAUGAAUACCACUCAAGUAGUCUCGUCAUUCCCUUCGUCGUUCUUUUGAUACCAUAGUUCUCGACUUCGAUGCUCUGUGUAUUCUUAUCAUGUUCAUCAUCCCCAUUCCCCAUCCACUGGCGAAGAGCAUCGUCGUAUCCCCUUUCCCCAUGUUCAUGAUCGCUCUUGACCUGCGUUCCUCGUCCCCACCUUCGUCAUUUUCUUGAUUUUUAUCCUGUUAAUUUCAUUACACGCCAUCUAGUAGUAUUCACGUUUCCCGUCUAUAUGUCCAAGGUUGAUUACAUGCAAAUCAAAAGUACUACUUUUUUGCGUCAUAA